AAGUUUAUCGUGCGACUUGUGUGACAAAUUUGGGCACAAUUUUAUCUCCUUCUCUCUCUCUCUCUCUCUCUCUGCCCAAUUCAAGUUCCACUGAACCACCCUUCUUUCCAUCCUCGUCACUGUCUAAUCCACUGCAUGUUCUUCACAUCAACUGCAAAAAUGUCGCUUGUAAUCCCCUCAUCCUCUGCAGCCCCUUUGCAUUUUUCUCAAUGCAAGAUCAAUAAUUCAAAUUCCCUCCCAAAAUUUCCCUCUAAUUCCAUCUCGCCUUUUCAACAUAAAACGCUUUUGAGUUGUGGAACGAGGCAUAUAAGGGCCCACUUUAGAAAUGAACCCAAUGUUCUUCAUAAGUAUGCUGUUAGAUGCAAGGGACGUGAUUUUGAGUCAUAUUAUGAUGAUAGUACAAUGUCCUUGGAUUGGGAUGAUGAGGAAGAAGAUGAAGAUCCUGGGUCACCUUGGGAAGGUGCAAUUAUAUACAAGAGAAACGCCUCAAUUUUACAUCUGGAGUAUUGCACUACCUUGGAGAGAUUAGGUCUAGGAAAGCUUUCAACUGAUGUAUCAAAAUCUAGGGCUUCUGUUAUGGGAUUGCGUGUUACGAAAGCUGUGAAGGACUAUCCAAAUGGCACUCCUGUUCAGAUAUCUAUAGAUGUCACCCGGAAGAGGAAAAAGUUGAGGCUUGAUGGUAUCAUUAAAACUGUCGUCGGUCUUCUUUGCAAUAGGUGUUGCAUGCCAUCUGCUGAGUGCGUAUUCUCUGAGUUCUCUCUUUUACUCACGGAAGAACCCAUUGAUGAACCAGAGACUAUUGAUAUGGGUGUUAUUUUUGGGGAAGACAAACUUACAACCUCUAGAAACAGUGGUGAGGAUGAUGACGAUGAUGAUGCACUUAUUGAUUUGGAUGAUCAACUAUAUUUUCCUCCUGAAGAGAAACAAAUUGAUAUUUCAAAGAACAUAAGAGACAGGGUGCAUCUUGAGAUUACCAUGAAUUCAGUAUGUGAUCCUGGGUGUAAAGGCAUGUGCUUGAAAUGUGGCCAAAACUUUAACACUGGCAAUUGCAAUUGUAGCGAAGAGGAAGUAAAAGAGAAAAGCUAUGGUCCCCUUGGAAAUUUAAAAGAGAAGCUGCAGUUGUAACAUUUAUGAAGUUCAUGUUUAGGAUUUCCUCACAGUGCUGAAUCAUUAUAUGUAAACAUCCUAACCUUAAUGGGUUUGAUGUGUUAGCAUUGUCGAGCACCCUACCAAGUGCUUUUGGGUCCACGCUCAUAUAUGGCAUGGAUGCUAUUGAUCUCAAAUAUCACCAUCUAUUGUUCUAGUUGCAGCCACACCUCAAAGCUGCCUCUUGACUGCUUCUGUGCAUUUGUGUUGGCAAAGUAUUGUCUUAUGAUCUAUUGCUUAGUUAUUUCUAGCUGGGUUUGGCACGUCCCGGUCUGCAUAAUCAGAUGGGUUGUUGUGAUUUGCAUAUUUAGGUCCCUUUCACUCGCAGUUUGCUCCAGUUGGCUGGUUUUAUUAUUGUUAAUUUUUUUUUC